AUGGCCCCGCCCACAACACCGGACCCUUACCCCCGGGCCACCCAGCUAAGUCCCCCCCUUCUCCAGUUCCACAACAUCGGCGGCCCUGGACGCCGCAGGCGGCCCGCCCUAGGCAGCCCGGCCCCACCAAGCCCGGCCCUCUCAGCGUUCACCUGGGAGGUGAGGGCCAACAACCGCGCCUACCACAAGCAGUUCAGGACGAAGGGCUUCCUGUGCUGGAGACAGAAGAAGUACAAGAGCAACGCCAUCCACACAGCCAAGUACAACGUCUUCUCCUUUCUGCCUCUGAACCUGUUUGAGCAGUUCCACCGGACGUCCAAUCUGUACUUCCUUAUCAUCAUCAUCCUGCAGAGCAUCCCUGAGAUCUCCACGCUGCCCUGGUUCACGCUCUUCGCACCCCUCCUCUGCCUCCUUGUGAUCCGAGCCACCCGCGACCUGGUGGAUGAUAUUGGUCGACACAGGAGCGAUAAGAUUGUCAACAACAGGCCCUGCCAGAUCCUGAGAGGGAAGAGUUUCCUGUGGAAGAAAUGGAAGAAUCUGUGUGUGGGGGAUGUGGUGUGUCUCAGCAAGGACAGCAUCGUCCCGGCUGACUUGCUCCUGCUGGCCAGCACAGAGCCCAGUAGCCUAUGUUACGUGGAAACUGCAGACAUUGAUGGAGAGACCAACUUGAAGUUCAGACAGGCUCUGACGGUCACGCACCAUGAGCUGACGAGCCCGAAGAAGAUGGCUUCCUUCCAGGGUACGGUGACGUGUGAGGGGCCUAACAGCCGGAUGCAUGAUUUUGUGGGGAGCCUGGAGUGGAACAGCAGGAAGUACCCACUGGACAUCGGGAACCUCCUCCUGCGUGGCUGCAAGAUCCGCAACACAGACACCUGCUACGGCCUGGUCAUCUACGCUGGUUUAGAUACAAAGAUCAUGAAGAACUGUGGAAAGAUUCAUCUGAAGAGGACCAAGCUGGAUCUGCUGAUGAACAAGCUGGUGGUCCUGAUCUCUGUGUCCCUGGUGAUCGGCUCCCUGCUGCUAGCACUGGGCUUCACCUUCACGGUGAAAGAAUUCAAAGGCAAACACUACUAUGUGUCGGCGCUGCACCAGCGCAUGGAGGCCAUGGAGAUUUUCUUCAUUUUCUGGGGCUUCCUCAUCCUGCUCAGCGUCAUGGUGCCCAUGGCCAUGUUCAUCAUUGCCGAGUUCAUCUACCUGGGGAACAGCUUCUUCAUCAACUGGGACCUCAACAUGUACUAUGAGCCCCUGGAUAUGCCGGCCAAGGCCCGCAGCACCAGCCUCAACGACCAGCUGGGUCAGGUGCAGUACAUCUUCUCAGACAAGACCGGGACGCUGACCCAGAACAUCAUGACCUUCAAGAAGUGCUGUAUCAACGGCCAAGUCUACGAUUCGGAUGAUGAGCAUGGUACUCUCCGAAAGCGGAACCCCUAUGCCUGGAACCUGUUCGCUGACGGCAAACUCCAGUUCUACAAUAAGGAGCUGGAGUCCCUGGUGCGAGGCCAGCAGGACAGGGCGGUGCAGGAGUUCUGGCGCCUGCUGGCCAUCUGCCACACCGUGAUGGUCCAGGAGAAGGACAAUCAGCUGCUGUAUCAGGCGGCUUCCCCUGAUGAAGAAGCACUGGUUACCGCUGCCAGGAACUUUGGAUACGUGUUUUUGUCUCGGACCCAGGACACCAUCACCCUGGUGGAGCUGGGGGAGGAACGGGUCUACCAGGUUCUGGCCAUGAUGGAUUUCAACAGCGUUCGAAAACGGAUGUCAGUGCUGGUCCGAAACCCAGAGGGUUCCAUCUGCCUCUACACCAAGGGUGCAGACACAGUCAUCUUGGAGCGUCUUCACAAGAAGGGUGUCAUGGAGGCCACCACAGAGGAAGUCUUGGCUGCCUUCGCAGAGCAGACCCUGCGCACCCUGUGCCUGGCAUACAAGGAGGUGGCGGAGGAUGCCUAUAAACAGUGGGAACCUGAGCACCAGGAGGCCGCCCUCAUGCUGCAGAACCGUGCGCAGGCCCUGCACCAGGUGUACAACAAGAUGGAACAGAACCUCCAGCUGCUGGGAGCCACAGCCAUUGAAGACAAGCUGCAGGACGGCGUGCCUGAGACCAUCAACUGCCUCAAGAAGGGGAACAUUAAAAUGUGGGUGCUGACCGGGGACAAGCCAGAGACUGCGGUGAACAUCGGCUUCGCGUGCAAGCUGCUGUCCGAGAACAUGAUCAUUAUGGAAGAUAAGGACAUCAAGCAUUUACUGGACAACUAUUGGAACGAAAGCGAACAGCACAGGUCGUUCAAGAUGAUGACCCAGCACAACAUGGCCUUGAUCAUCAAUGGGGAGUUCCUGGAUCAGUUGCUCCUGUCCUUGCGCAAGGAGCCCCGAGCUCUGGUCCAGAAUGCGGUGGUGGAUGAGGUCGACCAGGAGCCGGUGAUGUCUAGGAUGGACUUUCUCCAGGCGCGGAGGAUCUCCCAGAUGUUUCGAAACUUUGGGUCCUCCCUGGCACCAUCCCCGUCAGUCACCUCCAAGACUGGCGAGAGCCUCGAAGAGCGGCGGGAGAGGGCCUUUGUAGACCUGGCCUCCAAAUGCCAGGCUGUCAUCUGCUGCAGGGUGACACCCAAGCAGAAGGCCCUGGUGGUGGCGUUGGUAAAGAAAUACCAGCAGGUGGUGACGCUGGCCAUCGGAGAUGGAGCCAACGAUGUGAACAUGAUCAAGACUGCAGACAUCGGCGUGGGCCUCGCGGGUCAGGAGGGCAUGCAGGCCGUUCAGAACAGCGACUACGUGCUGGCCCAGUUCUGCUACCUGCAGCGGCUGCUCCUUGUGCAUGGACGCUGGUCCUACAUGCGCGUCUGCAAGUUCCUGCGUUACUUUUUCUACAAGACGGUGGCCAGCAUGAUGGCCCAGAUUUGGUUCUCCUUGUUCAACGGCUUCACCGCACAGCCCCUGUAUGAAGGCUGGUUCCUGGCUCUCUUUAACCUGAUGUACUCCACGCUCCCAGUCCUGUACAUCGGUCUGUUUGAGCAGGACAUGACUGCCGAGAAGAGCCUAAAGAUGCCCAAGUUGUAUGUGGCUGGCCAGAAAGAUGAGCUGUUCAACUACAGCAUCUUCCUGCAAGCCAUUGUCCACGGUGCCCUCACAUCUGUCAUCAACUUCUUCGUACCGGUGCUGGUCAGCCAUGACAUCUCCAAGUCCGGCAGUUCCAGUGACUACCAGUCCUUUGGGGUACUGGUGGCAAUAUCUGGGCUGCUUUCUAUCACCAUGGAGGUUAUUCUUGUCAUUAAGUACUGGACACUCCUGUGUGUGGGCAGCAUCGUGCUCAGCCUCGGCUCCUACGUCCUCAUGACAAGCCUCACCCAGGGCCUGUGGUUGUACAAGAUUUCGCCAAAGACCUUCCCGUUUCUGUUCGCUGACUACAAUGUGCUCAGCCAGCCUGCCAACCUGCUGGUGAUCAUGCUCAACGUGACCCUGAAUACGCUACCAGUCCUGGCCUUUCGCGUGAUCCGCAAAACUGUUUUGAAACUGCGGCUUAAGGAGGAGGAGGAAGAGGAGGAGGAGAUCCCGAGUGAGGAAGUGGCCGUGGAGCCGGCCGUGAGGCACCUUCGCCGGGGCACUGCCGCCCGCAGAUCCAGCUACGCCUUCUCCCACCGUGAGGGCUACGCAGACCUGAUCACCCAGGGCACCAUCCUGCGCAGGCCCACGGCAGAAUGUGGCGGGGACACGGUCUGGGAGUCUCCAAACCCAUCUGAAGAGAACCUACCCUUCAACCACAGAGAAUCAAUAUUUAAUCCACGGAAGAUCUCCAUCCUGGCUAAGAAGAAACUCCACCACUAUGGAAAGAGGUCCCAGACGGAGGAGACCAUAGCGAGCUCCCAGAUGGAGAAGCAGGACCUUGUGAACCUGGACACCCGGCCCAUUGACGCUGAGAAGCCGCCCACCGCCACAAGUGCCACGUCGGGGUCACUCCAGGUGUCUUCGUCCGAUGACCAGGCCUUCCACAGUGUGCCUUCAGAGUACACCCUGGCCAGCCGGCCGGAGCGCUUGGAUGUCAGGACCUCUUCUUGGAGGAGGCCUCCGUGGAAGGGCUCAGCCUCUUCGAAGAGCCAGCUCUAAGUCCCCACGAAGUAA